AGCAGCACAGAGGAGCGGCGGCGUCGAGACGGCACAGUGCAGAGUGACAGGGCGUUAUCUUUUACAUGAUUAAAACACUAAACGGAGAGGAAUACACGCACGGAUCGAUAGAAAAAUACCAGAAAUAUCCAGUCCGUCAUGGAAUCCUAUGACAUUUUAGCUAACCAGCCUGUUGUGAUUGAUAAUGGUUCGGGGGUUAUCAAGGCUGGGUUUGCAGGAGACCAGAUCCCCAAAUACUGCUUCCCCAACUAUGUGGGACGUCCAAAGCAUGUGCGCGUGAUGGCAGGAGCCCUAGAGGGAGACCUCUUCAUUGGACCCAAGGCAGAGGAGCACCGGGGCCUGCUGUCCGUUCGAUACCCGAUGGAGCACGGCAUCGUGAAGGACUGGAACGACAUGGAGAGGAUCUGGCAGUACGUUUACUCCAAGGAGCAGCUGCAGACUUUCUCUGAGGAGCAUCCUGUGCUGCUGACUGAAGCUCCUCUCAACCCCAGUAAGAACAGAGAGAAGGCUGCAGAGGUUUUCUUUGAGACCUUCAACGUCCCUGCUCUCUUCAUCUCCAUGCAGGCCGUCCUCAGCCUGUACGCCACAGGUCGUACCACCGGCGUUGUGCUGGACUCUGGAGACGGUGUGACUCACGUGGUGCCCAUCUACGAAGGCUUCGCCAUCCCACACUCCAUCAUGCGCGUGGACAUCGCAGGUAGAGACGUGUCAAGGUACCUGCGUCUGCUCCUGCGUAAAGAAGGCUACAACUUCAACACGUCUGCAGAGUUUGAGGUCGUUCGCACCGUCAAAGAGAGAGCAUGCUAUCUCUCCCUCAACCCACAGAAGGAUGAGACUCUAGAAACAGAGAAGGCUCAGUACGUCCUCCCAGAUGGAAGCACUUUAAAUAUUGGUCCGGCCCGGUUCAGAGCUCCAGAGCUGCUCUUCAGACCCGACCUGAUCGGAGAUGAGAGCUCGGGGAUCCACGAGGUCCUGGCCUACGCGAUCCAGAAGUCUGACAUGGACUUGCGACGCACGCUCUUCUCCACCAUCGUAUUGUGUGGAGGAUCUACGCUCAUCAAAGGAUUUGGGGAACGACUACUAACUGAGGUCAAGAAGCUGGCACCCAAAGACGUGAAGAUUAAGAUUUCUGCUCCCCAGGAGAGGCUGUACUCUACAUGGAUCGGCGGCUCCAUCCUGGCGUCGUUGGACACCUUUAAGAAGAUGUGGGUGUCGAAGCGGGAAUAUGAAGAAGACAGAGCACGUGCCAUCCACAGGAAGACCUUCUAGACGUGGGGCUGCACCCUGUGUUUGCCCCCAGAACUGCCCUCAAACCCCCCCCCCCCACCCUUAGCCCCCCAUCAUCAUACUGUCGGAGAUACUCGUGCACCGUCGUCUCCGGUACCUCUGCAUCAUCUCUAUCUAAACCUCCUGUCAGCCUUCUGCUUUACACCCCUCCCUCUCCUCCUUCACCCAGAGAAACACACACCUUCACGUGUGCAGGUUUCCGUAUUUACCUCCUUCUUCUGCGCCUCCUCUUCUUCCUGCUGCAGGGUGACGGCGGCGGCGUCCUCCACCCUGUUAACCCCCCCAAACAUCCACACUCAGACAGACAGAGGGCCGUCAGGGUAUCAGAGAGGGCAGAUUUUAGCACUGUGGACUCUUCCUGCAGGCCGUGUUACUUUCAGUUAGUCCACGUUGAAGUAUUGGGGUUGCUCUCUCGCCUACAGAAGCCCUGCGAGGUGUAGAAUAUCAUGACAUGUCAUAAACCUGAAUGUUUUUUUUUCUUUUUGCUACUGUUAAAGUUUCCAUUCCAGACCGAAGAUUUAGAUUUUUAUUUGAUGUCGACUUUUUGUCUGUUUCUGACAUGGCGUAGCUCGCACAGAACAACGUUUUCACUACUAUAGGAUUAUGAAUAUAGUGACCACUGUAUUAUAUAUCUGGCCUGAACUGCACAUUGAAUGCGGUUAAUUUAUCUCCCGACUGAUUGAAUUCUCUUUUCUGUCAUUAUUACCAAUGAAAUGUUUCUACAUGAA